AUGGCUAGUCCUACUAUUCUUACCUUUGAUGCUGAGGGCCGUGCGGUCAAUUUUGAAAUUUGGGUAGAUGACUUGCAGCUCUAUCUUCAGUGCGACUCUAGGGACGGCGUCUCGCUUUUCGAUCACACGUCCGGCGCCUCUGUUGCACGUGCUGCCGACGCUGACAGUACGGUUUGCUCACAGCGGACUACUCAUGACGCUGUUGCUCGCCUUGCUGGUCGUAGUCACCUGCCGUCUGCUGAGCGCGCGCAUUUUGGCCAGUCCAAGACAGCUAAGUCUCUAUAUGACACUGUCGUCGCACGCUACUCCUCCCCUGCCUCUGCUGCCCUCAGCCGCCUCAUGCUGCCGUACUUGUUCCCUGACCUCGCUGCUUUUGCCACAGCCGCUGACCUCAUCACUCACCUCCGCACUAGUGACACCCGCUACUGCGCUGCGCUUCCCUACGAGGACCACUUUCUCUCCCUUUGCCCCACCGAGCUCACCUUCGACAUGCUCGAGGAGCGGCUCACUGCAGUUGAGACUAGCAUAGUCGCUGUAGGAGUUUCUCGCGGCAACCCUCGCGCCCCUUUCUUUGAGGGGUGUUCCCCCGUUCCCCUUUUGCCCUCUGUUGCUUCUGCUGCUGCUGUCAACCUCGUUGGCACCGAGGCCGUCGGGGCUGCAACUGCUCCUAGUGGGAGGCGCCGCAGCGGCAAGGGCAAGGGGGAAAAGGGUGGUGGAGGGGACGGCGGGGGCGGCGGUGGUGGCGGUGGAGGAGGUGGAGGGGGUGGGAGUGGAGGUGGGGGUGGUGGCGGGAGCGGGGGCGUCGGUGGCGGCGAUGGAGGUGGGGGCGGUGGCGGCAGCGGCAGUGGGGGUGGCGGCGGCGGUGGUGAUGGUCGGGGUGGAGCCGUGCAGCGUGGAGGCUUUGGCGGUGGCAAGUGCUAG